UAGUGACAGGCAGAGCUGUGUGAGCACAGAGAGAGCAGUCAGAGAGAGUAAGCAGGCAGCUAACCGCAGUCUCACAGUAAACAGCUGGAGCAGAGAGUCUUUCCUUCUCACUACUUCCCACAUUCUGUCUUUGGAAAAUGUACAAAGGGCAGGAUUACAGGAACCGAUUGUCACCGGAUAGCAGGCUCUAUCAGGAUAUGUUGAAAUCUACCGAAUCCAGGAAAGAUGAACGGGAUCGAGUCCAGAAGAAAACUUUCACAAAAUGGGUGAACAAACACCUGAUGAAGCAUUGGAAAGCUGAGGCUCAUCAAAGUAUCGAUGAUCUUUACGAAGAUUUACGAGAUGGACAUAACCUGAUUUCACUGCUCGAAGUUCUCUCAGGGGAAUCUCUGCCCCGUGAGAAAGGCCGGAUGCGAUUCCAUAAGUUGCAGAAUGUGGGCAUUGCCCUGGAUUACCUGAAGCAUCGACAGGUUCGGCUUGUCAAUAUCCGGAAUGAUGACAUUGCAGACGGAAAUCCGAAACUGACCCUGGGUCUGAUAUGGACCAUCAUCCUUCACUUCCAGAUCUCAGAUAUCCAGGUCACUGGCCAGUCUGACGAUAUGACAGCCAAAGAGAAGCUGCUGCUCUGGUCUCAGAGGAUGGUGGAGGGAUACCCAGACCUGCGCUGUGAAAACUUCACCAGCAGCUGGAGGGACGGCAAACUCUUCAACGCAGUCAUCCACCGGCACAGAAUUAGCUCUCUGACUAAGCACGCUUGGCAACUCUGA